UUUCUAUUCGAAAAGGUUCUUGACAACAUCUUCUUGUGAUAUCAAAACAAUAAAAAUAAAAUUAAAAAAUAAAAUGAAAUUCCUAAUUGUCUUCUUGGCCCUUGUUGCCUUUGCUGCCGCUGCUGAACUUCCAUUGACAGAUGAACAGAAGGCUCAGGCUCAUGCCAAUGGCGCUUUGUGUGUCCAACAGGAGGGCAUAACCAAAGAGCAGGCCAUGGCUUUGCGUGCUGGCAAUUUUGAAGAUAAGGAUCCCAAGGUCAAAUGCUUUGCCAACUGUUUCCUUGAGAAAACCGGCUUCAUUGCCGAUGGUCAGGUUAAGCCCGAUGUGGUUUUGGCCAAAUUGGGUCCCCUUGCCGGUGCUGACAAGGUGAAGGCCGUUCAAGCCAAAUGUGAUUCUCUCAAGGGUGCCGAUAAAUGCGAUACAGCUUAUCAAUUGUACGAAUGCUACUACAAGAACAGUGCCCACAUCUAAAUCAACAAGUACCAACUUCAAAUUUAUUUAAAAGUAUUAACUAUUAUAAAUUGUGUGCAACGGUCGUCUGUGAAUUGUUAAUUAAUUGAUUACAUGAAUAUUAAAAUCUAAAAAGAAAUCUA